GUUUGGCCGCUCUGCCGGCCCGUAGCGGCGGCGGCGCCGGGCGGGAAGUGCGAGCGGGGCGAAGGAGCGAUUCCCGGCUCAGGGAUGCCUGAAAGCCAGGGGAAAGAUGGCAAAAGCUCCAGCAGCAGCAACAGUUCCAGCACUGGCAGUUCAGGUGCUUCCUUCGGACAGUAUCACUACACAGCCAGUGAAUACCAGGCCAUCCAGCACGCUCUUCGUCAGAGGCUGGGUCCAGAUUAUAUCAGCAGUCGCCAGGCUGGAGGAGGACAAAAGGUCUGUUACAUUGAGGGUCACAAGGUCAUCAGUCUGGCCAACGAGAUGUUUGGCUUCAAUGGCUGGGCUCAUUCAGUCACUCAGCAGAACGUUGACUUUGUUGACCUCAACAAUGGCAGGUUCUAUGUGGGUGUCUGUGCUUUUGUCAAAGUUCAGCUUAAGGAUGGGUCAUACCAUGAAGAUGUGGGAUAUGGAGUCAGCGAAGGCCUGAAGUCCAAGGCCUUAUCCUUAGAAAAGGCAAGAAAGGAGGCAGUAACAGAUGGACUGAAGAGGGCACUCAAGUGCUUUGGGAAUGCUCUUGGGAACUGCAUCCUAGACAAGGACUACCUACGAGCUGUGAACAAGCUUCCACGUCAGGUACCCCCUGAGUUAAAUUUGGUCACAGCUAAAAUACAGGACUAUGAGCCUGAAAUAGAGAAAGCGAGGUACACCAGCUAUUUGGAAAGGCAGAACACAGCAGGGAGACAGCACUCUGAGGUGGCACCUCACUGGGAGCCUGGUCAGAGGGAGGCUGCUGUAGUGACAGUAGAUCAGAAACAGCCAAAUGGUCCCAGAAGAGACAGGAACACAGACUCCUUGGCUAUGGAGUGUGAUGCCACUUACCAGCGGAAAUUGCGACAGAAGCAGCUACAGCAACAGUUCCGGGAACAGAUGGAGAAAAAGCAUCAGGUUCCAGCAGUUACUCCCAACAGCAAACAGGCAACAUCUGAUCCUCCCAUAAAGCACAGCACUCCAGCAGUACAACAGGAACUAGCAAUAGAAGAGGAGUUCUUUGCAGAUGAUCCCGAACUCUGGGACAUUUCCUUGGAGAGCACUGAUCUUAAGGUAACAGGUCCCCAGGUGGCAGACCCAUCAGCAGCUGGACACCAGACACCUAAAACAGCCCACGGACCUCACCCGACGAGGACCCGUAACCGGACACCUCACAGAACGAACCACCACAAAGCCUCUGCCAGACUCGCACAACUGCAGCCACCUGCUACGCUCACGAGCAACAGCAGUGCCAGCCCAGGGUGCAGCCCCCUCAGGAGAAGUCAGAGCUUGAAGAAAAGGAGACUGGAACCUACGUAAGGCACCCAGUGGUAUCCGUACCUCCAUCACAGGACUGCAGUUGGCUUUUCAAAUUAUGUCAAAUGGACUUUGCUGCAUAUUAUGGUGAAGCAACAGAGAAGAGUUUUGUACAGCCAGCAAGAACUUCAUGUACUUUUAGGUUAUUGCAUAUUUCAGAUGCCUUUUUCUAUAAACAAGCAAUCAUUUGUGCUUCUGCAGCACUGGUGGACGGUACGUGUAAUUUGCCUGAAACAGGAACAGAAUGAAUUGUUAAAAAUGAGAUGCAAUUAAUAGUUUCUCUCUCUCUCCCUCAGUGCUACAGUUCAGCACAGAGGAAAGAGAUUUUUAGUGAAAUGGGGAGCAGGUGGGUUACGGUCAGAGGACAGAACACCUGAGCUGUGGCUGCCCAUCCGGCGAGGCUGAGGGUGUGACGCUGUGGCAGCAUCUGAGGUGCAGCCCAGCCUUUUCCCUGUGGCUGCACAAACAGGGUCAGAGCCCGUCACUCUUCCUCAGCCUAUUCCUCAGCCAUCCCAGGCAGCAGCAGCAGCACCUCCACUUCCAGCCCUGCCUGUGGCACAGGGCAGGAGCACACCAGGACUGCUGCCAGCACUGUGUGGCAUCACAGACAGUGUUUGCUCGGAUCCUUUGUGAAAUGAAUGGGAGCUGCACUUCUGUUUUUAAAUAAGCUUUCGACCCUUCUCAAUACAGAAAUAAACAUGAAAUUUGCAAAGCAAACCACGCUGGGAGCUGUUUGUGUCUCUGUGCCCUUCCAGCCUUUACAACUCGCUCCCUGUUUGACAGCCUCAAAGGAGUUAACACGUUCCAAAUGGAAGCUAAAGAGGAACCACCGCGUCUGCACAGCCUCACGUUUGCUUUAGGAUGGGCAAACAGAAAACCUCACAGGGUUUAAAGGUUAGA